AUGCAUGGUUAUGCGAAGAUGAUGAAGGACUUAAUGUCCCGCAAGUUCGACUUUCAAGACUUGGCCACGGUUACACUGACUCAAACCUAUAGUGCUGUUGUAACGAGACCCAUAGCUGAGAAACUAUCUGACCCUGGGAGUUUCACAAUCCCUUGCACAAUAGGCCACUUUGCAUUUGCUAAGGCACUGUGUGAUCUGGGAGCAAGCAUAAACCUUAUGCCCCUGGCUAUCUACAAAAGGAUAGGCAUUGGAAGAGCUAGACCCACGUCUAUGUUACUACAGCUGGCUGAUCGAACAGUGAAGAGGCCCUCUGGGAUUCUAGAUGAUGUAUUGGUACAGAAAUCUAUGCGGAGACCAAGUGAAUUUGCUAAUUGCUCUCUAAUAGAUGCGGUGGAUGUAGUCUUGGAGGAGGAAGAUGAAGCUUUGAACAUUAAAAACCCUCUAGCAGCUUGUCUCAUGAACUUAGACGAAGCUAAUGGUGAAGACUUGGCAGAGUGGGCACUUGCUCUUGAAGGCUAA